UAUCAUUCGCCUCCCAAACGACUUCUCCGAGCCGCAUCGUUAUGGUGUAUUCGUCUCCAUCUUCAUUCCAGCAUGAGCUUUACUAGCAGGCUUUUGUCCAUGGCUCGCGAUGAGCGGGUGGUCUUGGUGGUUAUUGGCUGUGCCGCCUUCGGACUCGUCAGCACCAUGGUCACCGCCCUCACGCUUGUCCGUGACGACAACGAGAUGCCCACUCCGGAGCCAAAGACGCAAUACAUCACCCAGGAGACCGAGGAUGCGCUGAAAGCCGGGACCCUGGAAAAGCUCUUAAACCAUCCAAACUACUCUAUCAGAGAAGUCGCCACGAGGAUUCUCUGCGAUCGGGCCAUGAACGAUUCCGACACGACGGACUAUCUGUUGUAUGGAAUCACAAGGCCAGAUUACGGCGAACGCAUGCGGUGUCUAAGAGCACUUGCUCUUCUAACUGCGCAGAUGAUGGGCCUCGAUGGGUUGGCCAAGUUGAACAGCGAAAAGGCCUAUCGGGCCCUUGUGCGAUCGCUUGAGCUCAGCCUUGAGGACGGCGAGCUACCUGAUCUCAGCAACACUCACUGGGACGAGUACUAUCUCCGAGACAUGGCAGAGCGGUUUUGCCUAAUGUUCAUCCUCGAACUGAUCAAUAAGUAUGGAGCAACGAUGCUCAUCAAAGCCCAGUUUGUCGAGAAGUGGCUCGCGAAGCAGGACUGGGGCGAAGACCCCCAAGAGAGGCGUCGUAGGUUCAAAGAUUACAUGGAGUUGAAGAACAACAGGAUAGUGGACAUUGUCGGCCGCAUCAAGCAUCUCAAGCGCGGCCUGCGCGCCUUGGAAAAGGCCGGAUUGAUGGACAAGGAUAACACGCGGCGGCGCAUUCGGGAAUUGCCUGAUCUCAUCAUGGAGAUUGAGGAAGAGAUUGUGGCAGAGCAGCCUGCAGAACAGCAAUCUCGACGGACACGCGAGCAUUCUGCCGAGGAGCGAAGAUUACGACGGCAACACAGGGAGGCCAUGGUCCUCAAUGAUGGCACGAGACCGCUGGGGAGAGGGGACAUUAUUGAGCGGGAUCAUGGUUCACCGACUUGAUGAAGUAUGGACGGCGGACAAUCAGCGAAGAAUAUGAUAGCCAGCGUUUUUAUCAUGAUUUCCCCACGGGCUAUGCCCGCAAUAGCAAUACCAACUUGACUGCUAAUGAUGAGA